UCACAGCCUGGUGUAACUCGCAUCUCCGUAAAGCCGGGACCGCCAUCGAAUCGAUCGAGGAUGACUUCAGGAACGGGCUGAAGCUGAUGCUGCUGCUGGAGGUGAUCUCCGGCGAAACCCUGCCGAGACCGGACAGGGGCAAGAUGCGGUUCCACAAGAUCGCGAACGUGAACAAAGCACUGGAUUACAUCGCCAGCAAGGGCGUUAAAUUGGUCUCGAUCGGAGCAGAGGAAAUCGUCGACGGCAACCUGAAGAUGACCCUCGGCAUGAUCUGGACCAUAAUCCUGCGGUUCGCCAUCCAAGACAUCUCCGUGGAGGAGAUGACCGCCAAGGAGGGUCUGCUGUUGUGGUGUCAACGGAAGACGGCGCCGUACAAGAACGUGAACGUGCAGAACUUCCAUCUGUCGUUCAAGGACGGGCUGGCGUUCUGCGCCCUGAUCCACCGUCAUCGUCCCGACCUGAUCGAUUACAAUAAGCUUAGCAAGGAUAACCCCUUAGAGAAUUUGAACACUGCCUUCGACGUUGCUGAGAAGUAUCUCGACAUUCCUCGCAUGUUAGAUCCCGACGAUUUGAUCAACACACCCAAGCCGGACGAGCGUGCAAUCAUGACGUACGUGUCCUGCUACUACCACGCGUUCCAAGGUGCUCAGCAGGUCAAUAUGCGAAACACAGCAAUGCCUGACGAGAGGGCUGUGAUGACCUACGUUUCCUCCUACUACCACUGUUUUAGCGGCGCGCAGAAGGCGGAGACAGCCGCGAACAGGAUCUGCAAGGUUCUGAAAGUGAACCAGGAGAACGAGAGGCUGAUGGAGGAGUACGAGCGACUGGCCUCCGACCUGCUGGAGUGGAUACGGCGAACGAUGCCAUGGCUGGCCAGCCGUCAGACGGACAAUUCCCUAGCCGGUUGCCAGAAGAAGCUGGAGGAGUACAGAACGUAUCGUCGCAAGCAUAAGCCGCCACGCGUUGAACAGAAGGCCAAACUCGAAACGAAUUUCAAUACGUUGCAAACGAAGCUGAGACUGAGCAAUCGACCCGCGUACAUGCCGACGGAAGGGAAAAUGGUUUCGGAUAUCAACAAGGCUUGGAAAGGUUUGGAGCUGGCAGAGAAGUCGUUCGAAGAAUGGCUGCUGUCGGAGAUGAUGCGGCUGGAGCGUUUGGAGCAUCUUGCCCAGAAGUUCAAGCACAAAGCAGACGCCCACGAGGAAUGGACCGCGGGUAAGGAGGAGAUGCUCACGUCGCAGCACUUCCGACAGUGCAAACUGAACGAACUGAAGGCUCUGAAGAAGAAGCACGAGGCCUUCGAGUCCGACCUCGCGGCCCACCAGGACCGCGUCGAACAGAUAGCUGCUAUCGCGCAAGAGCUCAACACCUUGGAAUAUCACGACAGCGCGUCCGUCAACGCCAGAUGCCAACGAAUCUGCGACCAGUGGGAUCGUCUGGGUACUCUCACCCAGCGCAGACGCCAGGCGUUGGACGAAGCCGAGCGUAUCCUAGAGAAGAUUGACGUCCUUCAUCUCGAGUUCGCCAAGCGAGCUGCUCCGUUCAACAACUGGUUGGAUGGAACCAGGGAGGACUUGGUGGACAUGUUCAUCGUCCACACCAUGGAGGAAAUCCAGGGCCUGAUGGACGCCCACGCGGCCUUCAAGGCGACCCUCGGGGAAGCUGACAAAGAGUACAACUCCAUCGUGGGACUGGUCCGCGAGGUGGAGUCUAUAGUCAAACAGUUCCAGAUCCCCGGUGGUCUGGAGAACCCGUACACCACGCUCACUGCACUGGACCUUACCAAGAAAUGGAGCGAUGUCAGGCAACUCGUUCCACAGCGCGACGGUACACUGCAAGCGGAACUUCGCAAACAACAGAACAACGAGCUGCUUCGACGACAGUUCGCUGAGAAGGCCAACGCCGUUGGUCCAUGGAUAGAACGUCAGCUGGACGCUGUAACAGCUAUUGGCCUUGGUCUUCAGGGUACUCUUGAAGACCAGCUGCACCGUCUGAAGGAGUACGAGCAGGCGGUCUACCAGUACAAGGCCCACCUCGAGGAACUGGAGAAGAUUCACCAAGCUGUCCAAGAAGGCAUGAUAUUCGAGAACCGGUACACUCAGUACACAAUGGAGACGUUGCGAGUCGGCUGGGAACAGCUUCUGACUUCGAUAAACCGCAACAUCAACGAAGUUGAGAACCAGAUCCUCACCCGAGACUCCAAGGGUAUCACGCAGGAGCAGCUUAACGAAUUCCGCAGCAGUUUCAAUCACUUCGACAAGAACCGAACGGGCAGACUGGCUCCUGACGAAUUCAAGUCUUGCCUGGUGUCUCUGGGCUACUCGAUCGGCAAGGACAGGCAAGGUGACAUCGACUUCCAACGUAUACUGGCCAUCGUCGAUCCUAAUAAUUCUGGUUACGUGCACUUCGACGCGUUCCUGGACUUCAUGACGCGCGAGUCCACGGAUACCGACACGGCUGAACAGGUCAUCGACAGCUUCCGCAUCCUUGCUGGAGACAAGCCGUACAUCAUGGCGGACGAGCUGAGGAGAGAGCUACCGCCCGACCAGGCCGAGUACUGCAUUCAAAGAAUGCCGCCUUACAAAGGACCCAACGCCAUGCCCGGCGCGCUGGACUACCGCUCGUUCUCCACCGCUUUGUACGGCGAAUCGGACCUGUAAAUUAUACAUAUCAGCGCAGCGGAAGAGAACACGUUUUCGGACGAUUCCCGGUCGAAAAGCAAGUGACAAAAGAUCCCCGCGAAAGUUUGCUCUACGGUUUUUCCUUCUUGGUACUCGAACGCAGGCUCUACAAGUCAGGAACAAGGACGCGGUCAGGGAACCAUUAAUUUAGUAUCAAAGAAGUGCAGUACAAUGCUCGGAGCGUUUCGAUGGAGGGCGAGAAACGGGGAACGGGGCGCUUCAGAUAGUCUUAAUACGCCAUGCACGAGCGUCAGCGAUUUUACCGGAGGCCCGUGGCGCCGUUCCGAACGCUAGGGUACGCCUACACCGAGGUAGUCGAACUCGAGAAACAAUUUUGAUACGCCGGUCUCUUCCUUCCCUAGGACCACCGUCUCCUAGGCCAGAGAUCCCCGGGGAACGCUCAAUGCAGGCAGCUCGCGCUCAGAGUAACUCUGUACAGUGACAAUAAGUGUCCUACUUCCGGGUACCUUGGCGUUCGAGCGGCGGCACGCGGCCGAACGCGACGGGCUCAUCUAGAACGUUCGCUUCUUGCCUAAUGUCUACGACGAAUCCUAUAAUUAGUAAGUUAACACUUGAAUUGUAUAUAAACGUCGUCCCCCGCAGAGAGAGAGAGAGAGAAAGAUAAGUCACGCGAGUACCAACGAUGAACAAAAGCGAAAAAGAA